AAGCUGCAUGUUUUAAAGUCCUCACAGAGAGGUAACUCAGAAUGUGUGGUGGGAAACAGGAAUCAGCAUCUGUCGACCUUUCUGUUUCCUGAUAAUGUCGCUCAUAUUAAUUAUGACUUAUUCCGCUUUUAACUUCGACCUCAAUCACACACCUGUUUGUUUUACAAGGAAACAAAGCUUCUGUGGUUUUCCUUCUAUAGCGUACGUGGCCUUUAUAAGAAUAAAACGUCGGACAUUUUACGUCAUUUGGCAAGAGGAAAUACUAAUGCAGAGGUAGAUACUUUUUUUGUCAGGCUGGAAAAUAGAUAUAAUUGACAAAAGUGAGAACUGGAUGUGUGGAUAUGUUGUGCCUGUCUGUAACAAUCCUAUGAUAAUAAGAUAUUAAUUGGCCAAAUGAUGAGUUUUCAUGAUUAACUGCAAUAAUAGGUUUGCAGAAAUGGGAAGAAAGAAUAAACAUCUAACAUUCCCACUUCCUCUUAGGGUAGUAUACAACAACCCUGGCACAUGAAUGCACUCUCAUUCAUGCAGAUCUGGACACAUUGUACACAUUUGGUGAUGUGCGUCGAUAGAAAAUGCAAAGUUUCUGAGAAAUACUUUGCGAUAAAGACCGACGAAGAACAACGCUUGGCACCCUGAGGUGAAAGCUGACUCAGAGACUUGAUUCUGGUCCAAGCCAUGCUUUGUGAAGGCAGAUUGUGGAGCAUGACCUACGGUGAACUGGAGGAUCUGGAUCCUCUCCCUCCUCAGAAAGCUCCCCAGAGUGCUUAUGGGGUGCAGAGAGCAGCUGCUACCCUGGUGCCAGGCUCCAUCAGACACACUCCACUCGUUCAUCAUUCCCCCGAGCUGACAGGUUGUUCAGACCACAGCAGUGAUUCGGUGGAGUUGUACAUUUCUCCGCUGCAGUCCUUUGAUCUCCUCGGAGCCCAGCCAGGCAGACAGAUCUCUCCGGAGAUAGAGAUCCCGGCUCAGGCUCGCUCAGUUGGUGAUGCCCCUUUCUUGGUCCCCUCCUUCUGUCAGAGCAUCUGCCAAAAUUACAGCGACCUCCACAUUGGAGGAGACCAGGUGCUGCCUCUCUCAACCAAUGAUGGUGAGCUCCGGGUCUGUACUGACACGCAGGCUGUCGGCCCUUUCCUCCAGUCCUGUGAUGUCCCCCCAGCCGUGGAGGACUCUCCCCCAGGACAGACAUCUCAGGACGGACUUCUGCAUCCACCCAGGGGGGGUUCAAAUCGCUGGAGACUGGGGAGUGCUCGUGAUCGGAGCUUUUUGUUCCAGGGCCGUGAAGGUCCAUUCUCCAACUCUCUUCUAAAUCACUAUCUGGAGCAGAAACUCUUAGAUUUGUACCAGCAAUACAUGAUGGAGAACAUGGCCAGGGAAGGGGCCCCAGGUUCGGGUUCUGACCCGGGCCACAUUUGCCCUCUGCUGGGCUCGGAGCUGGUCCUCACCAGCCUAGACCAGAUCACUUUGCAGCUGAGUCGGGAAGGGAACCUGGAGGCCGGCCUUGCCAAGGACAUGGUCCUCAGCUGCCUGCUGCGGGUGGCUGGUGACAUGCAGUCAAGUGAGAUCAGCACUCCCUUUCUGCAGAUUUCAAAUGAGGCACCGAGGGAGCAGCUCACAGAGAAUAAAGAAGAGUAACCCAGGGUCAAGGAACACACCCAAUACAAUUUAAUUUGAGUUUCAUCACCAAAAAAAAGAUGAAACUGAUAACUAAAUUCCUUUUUUUUUUAUAAGCUGUGGAGAGGAUGGAGUAGAAAGCUAAAACUGUAUGUAAUUAAUAAUGGCCAGAAGAUUUUGCUCUGUUUAGUAGUUCAUGUGGUGUGGCUGUGCAGUUUUCAAUUUCUGAAGGACAAUAAAGACAGGAACUGAAAAUUGAAACUUAAAAAAAGAGAAAUGUCUCUAUGGUUAAGUGCAGAAGAA